CAGUUCUCCCCCAACUGUUAGCUAGUGAUCAUGUCCCUCAUCGGCGAUAAUGGCGAUGAUGGUUUUGUAUUUUAUAUCAUCGGCAAAAUAGCUGUGGCAGUUAUAGUUCUGAAAAUGGUGUGGAUGGUUUGUCGCUUCGUCUUUUGUCACGACAUAUCCAAAUUGUAUAAGACGAACUUGAAGAAGAAAUACGGAGGCUGGGCAGUGGUGACGGGGUCGACGGACGGCAUCGGUAAAGCCUAUGCUCAUGAGUUGGCUGAAAGCGGUCUCAACAUCGUACUCAUUUCAAGAACUCUUGUGAAGUUGGACGAAGUGGCUCAAGAAAUAAGAGUCAAGCACAAUGUUGAAGUUGAGGUGAUCCAGGCAGACUUCUCCAACGGAAGAAUGAUUUACGAUCACAUUGCGGACAAAGUGUCCAAGAAAGAUGUCGGAAUUCUGGUUAACAACGUGGGCGUCUUCGCCACCCCAUCCAAGUUCGAGAACAUCACUGAAGACGAGAUCUGGAAUCAAAUCAUCGUGAACGUGGCUUCUGUUCCUGCUAUGUCCAAGAUGGUUCUUCCUGGAAUGCUGGCCAGGAAACGAGGCCUCAUCGUGAAUGUUGGUUCAUUAUCCGCCGUUGCUCCCUUUCCAUACUUCCAGGUUUAUGCCGCUACAAAGGCAUUUGUGAGGAGCUUUAGCAAAGGUCUGGAGUUUGAAUACAGAGGAACUGGAGUCGACGUCCAAACUGUCUUGCCUGGGGUAGUUGCCACAAAUAUGGCCGCUUGGAACAAAGCCUUUAGCAAACCAAGCCUAAGCGUUCCAACUCCUACCAAGUUUGCCCGGGACGCUGUCGCUACAAUAGGUUACGCCAGUGAAACUGCUGGGUAUUGGAACCAUGAAAUGCAGCUGAUGUUGGCAGGAAUUCUACCAGAAUGGGUGGCCACGAGGUCUGCUGAAUACCUCAUCCGUUAAGCUCUGCUGUGACAGCCGCGGUUGAAUUGGUUUUUGGGAUGAAGGUUUUCAAUCGACACGCAGGAAGUAUUAUUAGAAUAAAAAGAGUCUGAACCCUGAAGGCGGGAGCUGUUCGUCUGAAGUAACAAGAAGUGGACUGGAAGACUUAUCAAUACUCAUACUCUUGAAUUACCCUAAAUUUAAAUAAAAAAUACACCGGAUGGUGCUUGAUUGGAAAAUGAGAAGUGAAUGUCUUGUGAUAUUAAUAAUAUGUAAAAGAAAGUA